UGGUCGCUUUUGGUGACGUGUUUCUUCGGUGCCCGUCGUAACCGCCUAUUUUGGUCGGUUUGAUUACGCAUUUCUUCCGCGCCCUGUGAUGUACUGACCUUCUUCGGCGACUGAUCACUAACUGCUCAUAUAUCCUCGCCGGUGCGACAGAUAUGGGUGACAUAGAGAAGGGCAAGAAAGUGUUUGUGCAGAAGUGUGCACAAUGUCACACAGUGGAAAGGGGAGGGAAGCACAAAGUGGGCCCUAAUCUGUGGGGUCUAUUUGGCCGUAAAACUGGUCAGGCAGAUGGCUUCUCCUAUACAGAUGCCAACAAGACCAAAGGCAUCAUCUGGGGAGAAGAUACCCUGAUGGAGUACUUGGAAAACCCCAAGAAGUACAUCCCAGGAACCAAGAUGAUCUUCGCGGGCAUUAAGAAGAAGGGAGAGCGUGCUGACCUCAUUGCAUACUUAAAGUCUGCAACAUCUUAGGGCUCCUAUAGAUUUAUAUACCUCUGUGUAAUGUUUUACUCUAAUAGUUUUAAAAGUAAUAAAAGGCUAAAUAUC